AUUCAAGUGACUCCAUGGAUUGUCCAAAAACACACCGCAAUUCUCCGCACCGCCUUUCCAUACGAACACCUCUCCAAAUUUUCUCGUCUGUUCCUUGUUUUCCUGCAAUGGUGGGCCCCUUCAGCGCCGUCGAUCGCAGGGUGGUUAGAGUCGCCAUCGUAGGCGACUGUGGUACCGGAAAAUCCACACUCAUUGCUGCAAUGGCGUCGGAAUCUUUCCCCAAGUCCGUUCCGGCCGUGCUCCCUCCUACUCACCUGCCUCAUAAUCUCUACCCCGAUUCCGUUCCUCUUACCCUCAUUGACACACCUUCCAGCUUCGAAAAGCAAGGCGAGCGCAGUGAAGAAUUGAAGCGAGCUGACACGGUGGUCUUAACCUAUGCUUGCGACGAACCGUUGAGCUUUGAGCGUUUGAGUACUUACUGGCUCCCUGAACUGCGGAAGUUGGAGGUGAAGGCACCUGUGAUUGUAGUUGGCUGUAAGCUUGACCUUCGGAAUGAAAAUCAGCUAGUGAGCUUAGAGAGUCUCACAACAAAUAUCAUGCAACAGUUCACAGAAAUUGUCACUUGUGUUGAAUGCUCUGCUGUUACACUUUACCAGGUCCCAGAAGUUUUUUAUUUUGCCCUAAAAGCAGUACUGCAUCCAGUAGAUCCGUUGUUUGAUUAUAAAAGACAUGGUUUGACAGAUCCAUGUGUGAGGGCUUUAAGAAGAAUAUUUAUUCUAUGCGAUCAAGACAUGGAUGGUGCUCUCAAUGAUGAAGAGCUAAAUGAGUUUCAGGUUAAAUGCUUCAAUGCAGCAUUGCAGCCAUCUGAAAUAGUAAAAGUCAAAUCGAUUGUGCAGCAGAAAGUACCUGACGGAGUCAACUCUGUUGGUCUUACCUUUCCAGGCUUUAUUUAUGUCAAUAACAUGUUUCUACAGAAAGGGCGAACAGAGACAUUGUGGGCCGUUCUAAGAAAGUUUGGAUAUGAUAAUAAUUUAAAACUUCGGGAUGAUUUCCUUCCAGUUCCAUCCAUGCAUGCUUCUGAUCAGAGUGUGGAGCUGACAUGUGAAGCCGUAGAGUUUCUGAAUGAUAUCUUUCAAUUGUUAGAUACAGAUAAAGAUCUAACUCUACGACCUGCCGAAGUUGAUAACCUAUUUGAUACUGCUCCAGAAAGUCCAUGGAACAAUGCUCCAUAUAAGGAUGCAGCAGAGAAAUCUGAUACGGGCUAUAUCUCUCUAAAUGGAUUUUUGUCUCAGGUGCUUACUUUAUACUUUUCUUCUUCAACCUUUACCAUUGAUGGAUCUCUGAAAGGAUUUUUGUGAUUCAUGAUUCUAAUU